AUGAAACCAUCAACAUUACGCACAGCUCGUCUCGCCCUCAACGGCCUGCAAAAAAGGGCGUACUCUCAAUCCUCGGGACCCAGGCAUCUCAUGUCAAUCGCCGACCUGACACCCGCCGAAUUCUCAUCCCUAGUUCGUAAUGCUGCUGUGCGCAAGCAGGCCGUAAAGGCGGGUCAAACGCCGCCCUCGCUGAGCACUUCGUUGUCGGGCCAGACUGUUGCCAUGAUGUUUAGCAAGAGGAGUACGAGGACGCGUGUGUCUACCGAGGCGGCGGUGACGAUGCUUGGUGGACACCCCAUGUUUUUGGGCAAGGAUGAUAUUCAGCUCGGUGUUAAUGAGAGCCUGUACGACACUUCAGUCGUCAUCUCGUCAAUGACGUCUUGCAUGGUCGCCCGUGUCGGACCUCACUCUGACGUUGCCAACCUCGCCAAACACUCCAGCGUGCCCGUCAUCAAUGCGCUGUCCGAGGAUUUCCAUCCUCUCCAGACCAUUGCUGACUUUCUCACGAUCCACGAGGCAUUCCCUUCUUCAAAACGCUCUGCGUCUGGCCUGGGUCUCGAUGGCUUGAAAGUCGCCUGGGUUGGAGACUCUAACAAUGUUCUGUUUGAUUUGGCCAUUGGCUGCGUCAAGAUGGGCGUUGAUAUCGCGGUUGCAUCACCUGCUGGCUAUGGGGUCCCCGAUAAGAUGAGGCAGCUCAUCAUCUCUUCGGCCGAGGGGGUCAGCUCACCUGGUAAACUCUCGGAGACUAUGAUCCCUGAGGAAGCCAUCAAGAGUGCGGAUGUGUUGGUUACUGAUACAUGGAUUUCCAUGGGCCAAGAGAGUGAGCAGCAGAAGAGACUAAAGGCGUUUGCAGGAUAUCAGAUCACGAAUGACUUGGCUAAGAGGGGCGGCGCUAAGGAGGGCUGGAAGUUUAUGCACUGUUUGCCUCGACAUCCCGAGGAGGUUGCAGAUGAAGUCUUCUACAGUCCCAGGUCUCUUGUCUUUCCCGAGGCAGAGAAUCGGUUGUGGGCUGCUGUUGCUGCGCUCGAGGGCUUUGUCGUCAACAAGGGUAACUUGUGA